AGAAGAGCCACUUCCGUUUUCGUGCCGAAACAGGAAAUAAACAAAGCAGACGAGCUGCAAGGAGGGAAGGAGAAGGAGUGACCGAGAACUGCGUCGGAGGAGCACUGAUCGCUUAUCAUGAUGACGACGAAGAGGCUGGAGAGCUUCGAGGUGGACUGUGAGUGGGACUCCUGCAGCUUCAAGGGCCACAGCAUGGAGGAGCUGAGCGACCACAUGUCCCUGCACCUGAGGGAUUAUCUGGGCGACAAGGACGCCCUGGAGGAGCUGGACGAGUUUGCUUGUCUGUGGAGCGGAUGUGAGUUCCUCUCCAUGGGCAGCCCCACAGAGCUGGAGGUUCAUGCCUACUUCCACAACUACCACGGAAAACUCAAGUUCAUCGGCUCACAGCUGCUGACGUCCCGCCCCGACCUCCCCGGCUGCAACCAGGGCUCGCACAGCCACAACCUGGUGCCAGAGGGCUCCGAGGGAUACGUGUGCCAGUGGGAGCAUUGCGACAGCACUUUUAACAAUCCCGAGUGGUUCUACCGCCACGUGGACAACCACGUAGAAAGUGCCGAGCAGCAGUCUCUUUCCCAGCAGCAGGCGCUCUUCUGCAGCUGGGCAGGGUGCGACGCCUUCUUCAAGAUAAGGUACCGUCUGAGGGAGCACAUGCGGAGCCACACUCAGGAGCGACUGGUGGCCUGUCCCACCUGCGGCAGCAUGUUCUCCAGCAACACCAAGCUGUUCGACCACCUCCAGAGGCAGGCGGAGCCCAUAGAAUCCCUUGUGUGUGAACAUUGUGGCAAAGCUUUUCCCAGUGAGAGGCUUCUGAGGGAUCACAUUCGUCAGCACGUGAAUCAGGUCAAGUGUCCGUUUUGCGAUAUGACCUGCACCACGUUAGCAGCUCUGAAGAUCCACAUCCGCUUCCGCCACUGUGACGAGCGACCGUUUCCCUGCGACUUCUGCGACAAAAGGUUUAAAAACCAACGUGAUCUCCAGAAGCACACAGAUGUUCACAAUGAAGGUACCGUGUAUCACUGCACAGUGGAGGGUUGCGAUUAUUCCUGCUACACGCUGCAAACCGUGAACCACCACUUCAAGAGAGUUCAUGAGGCUGGCGGGAUGUCGAAAUAUAAGUGUCACAUCUGCGACAAGGUCUUCUCCUGGUGUUACACGCUCACGCUUCACCUCCGAAAGAAGCACGAGCUGAAGUGGCCCUCUGGGCAUUCACGCUUCAGAUACAGGAAGGACGUCGACGGCUUCCUAAAAGUAAACAUGGUGCGCUUUGAGACUGUCGAGGUGACGAAGGAGAUAAUGAAGAACAUGGCCGAAAAGCCGCACAACCUUCGGCAAAGUCAGAGAGCCAACAGCUCGAAGAAGAAAGCCGCCGUCGCCCCGGAGAGCGGCCGCAGCUCCCCCACCGGUUCCUCCUCGCCCUCCUCCAGCUCCUCCUCCUCGUGUUCCUCAGACCUCUCCGGAGGGGAGGAAGCGUCGUCCCAGCACAGCCCCAGAGGAGCAGACUCCCCCGUCUACUGCAUGAUGACGACCAUUCCUCACAUCGACGACGACCCCGGAGGAAUAUCGCAGGACGGCUGCGGUACGUCCGGUGCCGUCCAGGCUCUGACGGAAGUCGCGAGGGGUCUCGGGAUGGACGUGGUUUAGUUGCUCGGAAAUGUCCAGCUGAGACUGUUAUGUAGCGCCGCUUUUUUAAAAAAUUGUUUUUGGGGGUUUUUUAGCCUCGGAGCUGACAGCAGAAAGCUGACAGUUUUAUUUUUAGUAGAAACUUUCUGCCCUGUGCGCUUUGUCCCUAAAGUGACCCAUUCCAUUUUAAAACUACGUUUAUUGUCGGGGAUGUCAUUGUCCAGAUUAUUGUCCAGACUUCAGGCUGCGCUUCUAUGAACAAAACCAGAAAAUGCACUGCUAUAGUUAAGCACCUGUGUCAAUGUAUUCUUUAGAUAUUUGCUCAUCUAAAGAUUUUAUUUUUCAUAUCAUGGUCAAAUAUGGUAUAUUUAUAGAAGCAUAAACAUUUUUUAUUAUUAUUUUUUGCUCUGUUGCACUGAAAUAUGUUAACUAUUGGGUACUUUUUGUAAGGUGAGAAUUGGAUUCCAACUAAAAAAACAUGAAUUCAAUACACUCAAUUUUUCUUGAGGAGGCCAUUCAUUUGUGAUGAGAACUUAUUUAUUGAACUGUGUAAACGUUUUAAGCCAUUUCCAAUUUCUUUACAUUUUGCUACAGUUAAGUAGCAAAAUUAAUUUAGUCUUUUAAAGUGGUUUUGUCUGAGGGUUUCAUUUUGAUAUUUGCUCGGAGAAACUUGCCUUAUGCUAGGAGGGAUUUGUGAGCUGAGUGGUUGGGCUUUAAAAAAAAAAACCCAAACAGAAUAUCUGUAUUAAAAUCAUACUCCAUCAAAUAAAAAAAUCAAAACAAAACAAACAAAGAACCCAAGAAAUGCAAUGCAUGAGAAUUCCUGGUUAAUAUUUGUGUUCUUAGCCAGCUGUACAUGGGUGUCUUUACAACUUAAGAGUGAUAUUUUAAAGCAAAUUAAAACUGAAUAAGAAACUACCAUGUCAUAGUAAGGCCAUUGUAGAUCUUAAAAAAAAAUUCUAGAAAUUUUCUAGACAAAACUUGGAAAUUUCAAUGGUUGAAAGUUCUCAAUUUUUGAAACUCCAAGUUUGUUUUGUAGCAAAUUUCCAACUUUUUCUAGAAAAUUUCUGAGACUAUUUUUUUUUUUUAAAAGUCUGUUUUUGGCUCUCUUGUAGAAACCUGGUUUUUAGAGGAAUGACAUUUGUCAUCAAAACAUUUAGAGCAGAUUAAGGACUACAAGCAUUCUCUGUUGUAGAAACGAUCAGCUCUCUGGUUUUUAGAAGUCCAGAAGAAAAAAAGCCAGAAUGAGAGUUAUGCUCUACAGCAGGGACAGAAACGACGGGAGCGUGUUCUGGUCUGGAAGGUAAACAGAGUCCAGAGGAGAGUAAACAUGAGGUGCCAACGUAGGCGGAAACCGCUCACAGAAAUACUCUUUGAAGACUUUCUGCCUCAGAUGGACAUCCACUCUGUGGCUCCAUGCUUGCUCCCAUGAUGCAGUUUGGUAGGGAUGCAGCUCUGCACCCGGGUAAGAGACGCAGGUGCAGCAACAGGACGCGCACAGCCUGCUGAUGCUCGGUGGCUGAGCCUGCAUCCUGCUUGUGGAAGGGUCUGUACAAGGUGCAGUGAAUAAAGAUGGGUCAGGCCGCUUGUCUUCCUGCUUUAGCCUCUUCACGCCGUCGGAGCUGCAGCCCUCCAGGUGCCACUUCCUGUCGAGGGAGUCACUCGUCGGGUUGGUUUGGCAGCCCUUGGGUCUCUCCAGAUCCGCUUUCUCAUUGGGGCGGAAAGCAGGUGUAGAUGGGUGAGGUUCCGGUUGAUCGCUCGGGUUAUGGCCGGCAUUUAUUGCUUUUUCUCUUCCUGCUGUGCUUCUAAAUGCAGAAUCUAAAAGCAGACGGGAAAGAGCACGUUUUAAAAACUUCAAUUUCAGUCGCAGUGAGCAUUUCAGGAUUAUACUCGCCUAAAUAUGGGCGUCUGCAGGAGGGCUGGGGUUGUUCAGGCUGCUCCAAGUCUAGCAGGUUUGUGAUUGGAAAUUUCAUCACCGUCUCCUGAGGAAGACCUUGGGAUUUCUGAUGCAUUUUCUGUGAAUCCAUCAUAAAAAUUUUUUUUUUGCUUUUUUUUGCCAUACAAGCACAAAAAAUUAAUAAAUAAAUCAUUGCAGCAUUUUCAAAAUAAUUUGUAAUUCAGCUGUGAUUUUACCAGUUCAUCAGCACUGUGUUGAAAUUUAUUUGUGUUUUUUUUUUACAUCGAAAAAUACAUA